UUGAUUCCGGUAAAGGAGGUGCUGUGGCUCUCGCGCUCCGCUCGCUCUCAUUGCUCAGAUCCCGCUCUACUCCAGCGCGUUCCUCUUCCAGCAGGAGCCGUUUCAUUCCUCUGCCCACUUUAUUCCAAUAACCGACACGCGGCCAGGAAGCAUCGCGCUAAGGUCUUGAAAAUACGAACCGAGCUCAGUGCAUUCUUCAGAAUCCUCACGGAGAGACAUUGCAAUGCUUAAAACACGGGAUCUCAUCUGGACCGUGCUGCUUUUUGGACAUGCAGUCUCGCUGCAGGUGGAGAUUGUGCCACCCCAUGGAGAAAUCAGCGUCGGAGAAUCCAAGUUCUUUUUAUGUGAAGUGGUCGGUGAUGUGAAGGACAUCGACUGGUUUGCUCCCAGCGGAGAGAAGCUACUGCCAACUAGACAGGACAUCAGCGUGAGUCGUAAUGAUGAGACCUCGUCCACACUCACUAUCUACAGUGCUACCGUGGACAACGCUGGCAUAUACAAGUGUGUCGUCAAAAACGGGGACAAGGAAGCCGAGGCCACUGUCAACGUCAAGAUCUUUCAAAAACUGACUUUCCAGAACGCUCCAUCUCCUCAGGAGUUUAACGAGGGGGACGAUGCCAUCAUUGUUUGUGAUGUCAUCAGCUCUCCACCACCCACAAUUAUCUGGAAGUACCAGAGAACCAAGAUUCAGCCAGAAAAAGACGUGCGCUUCAAGCUCCUGAGCAACAACCACCUCCAGAUCCGAGGCAUCAAAAAAUCCGAUGAAGGCGACUACACCUGCGAGGGGCGCAUUAUGGCUCGGGGAGAGAUCGACCUCAGGGUCAUCAAGGUCAUCGUCAAUGUCCUGCCCAGUAUUAGGACUCGCAAUGCAGAGCUCAAUGCCACUGCGGACAUCGAGCAGGCUGUGACUCUGGCAUGUUAUGCAGAUGGCUAUCCAGAGCCCACAGUCACGUGGACGCACAAUAAUAUACUGCUCCUGGACAACGAGAAAUACGGCCUGAAUGAUGACGGCUCUGAGCUGACAAUCAAAGAUGUGAAGAAGCUGGACGAGGGAGAUUACACCUGUGUCGCCCACAAUAAAGCAGGAGAGAAGCAGGAGGACAUCAGCCUCAAGGUGUUUGUGCAACCAAAAAUCACAUACCUGAAAAACCAGACAGCCUCAGAGCUAGAGGAACAGACCGUCCUGACCUGCGAGGCCACUGGUGACCCCACACCCAGCAUCGUGUGGAGCUUUGGCAGGCGAAUCUUCAGCGAGGGAGAGCAGGCUUCUUGGACUCGACCUGAGAAACACAAGAGUCUGGAUAGUAAUGUGAUCGUGCGCAGUGAUGCCCGUGUGUCCUCUCUCACCUUGAAGUACGUCCAGUUCACAGACGCCGGCCAGUAUCUCUGCACCGCACGAAACUCCAUCGGCCAGGACAUCCAGAGCAUGUACUUGGAAGUGCGCUAUGCUCCAAAAGUCCAUGGCCAAGUGACCAAGUUUACUUGGGAUGGCAAUGCGGCUAAUCUUACAUGUGAGGCUCUGGCUCAUCCGAGUGCAACAGUGCAGUGGUUUCGCGAUGGACUGCAGCUGCCAGCAGUGAACACCACCAACGUCAAGAUCUACAACACACCCAGUGCCAGCCACCUGGAGGUGACCCCUGAGUCCCAGACUGACUUCGGGAGCUACAACUGCACAGCCACCAAUGCAAUCGGCAGUGACUCUAAGGAGUUCCUUUUAAUCUCGGCAGACGUGCCAUCGGCUCCAGUUAUUGAGCAUAUAGAGCCGUACCCCAGCACAGCCAUGGUGGAGUUUGAUGAGCCGGCUUCAGAAGGAGGCGUUCCUAUUCUCAAGUACAAGGCCCAGUGGAGGACAAAGGGUCAAGACUGGGUUAGCAAAAUAUACAUUGUGGAGGAAGGCCACAGUGCCAUCACCAUUGUUGGGCUUAAGCCAGAGACUGAAUACGAGGUCAUAAUGUCUGCCAUCAACGGCAAGGGUGAAGGAGAAAGCUGUCCCCCAGAGACCUUUAAAACACUUCCUGUCACCUAUACUUUGACAAUGUCUUCAGUGGCUCCAACCACAUAUCCUACAACCACUGCAGCCCUUAAAGGGGAACCAAAUCCUCCAAAACUAAAUGCCCAGCUGCAAUCCCCAGGCAAUGAGCUGAAGGUCAACUGGAUCAAGCAGGAUGAUGGGGGCUCACCCAUCAAACAAUACCUAGUGAGCUUUAGACCUAAAAACCAAAACAACUGGAAGCCUGUAAUCCGUGUCCCCAAUGGUAGUGAGUUUUUGGUGCUCAGAGGUUUGGAUUGGAACACAGAUUACGAGAUCUCUGUGGUAGCAGAGAACCAGCAGGGCCGCUCAAAGCCUGGCAUCCUCUUCUUCAGGACUUCUGCAGAACCUACCGCCAUUCCAGACCCAGUGGCCAGUGGUUCAAAUCUUGGUACAGGAGCCAUCGUGGGCAUUCUCAUUGUGGUUUUCCUGCUGCUUCUCGUCGGUGUGGAUGUCACCUGCUACUUCCUCAACAAAUGUGGCCUGCUCAUGUGCAUCGCUGUCAACUUCUGUGGCAAGUCAGGCCCCACCGCCAAGGGCAAGGACAUCGAAGAGGGCAAGGCAGCUUUCACGAAAGAUGAGUCUAAAGAGCCAAUAGUGGAGGUGAGGACUGAGGAGGAGCGCACUCCCAAUCACGAGGGAGGAAUUCCUACUGAACCCAAUGAGACCACCCCACUUACCGACCCUGAGCAUGCCGCUGAUUCCACUGCCACAGUAGUGGACUUGCUCCCCUCUUUAGCCACUAACUCAGAGCCAGUCACUGACAGUCCCGCUAGUGAGAGCACAACCAUCAACUCCAGCACUGCCCCUGAACCCGACCCCAAAACAACACCCUCUUCUCAGUCUAAUGCCCCCAAAGCCAACAUAACCUCUCCUACCUACCCACCUGCUGACACCCCACUGGUUGACCUCAGCGAUGGUCCCUCCCCCCAGGCUUCUCAGCCCUCAGUUGCCCCCAAAUCCACUCCUUCUUCACCCCAGCCUAAAAAUGCUACAGAUGGCAUCCAAAAUACAGAUUCAGCAACAGUUUCGCAGGUAGAUGGAGGAAUCCACCACGCAUCAGAUGCUGAUCUGGCCAAUGACUCCAACUCCACCAGUGCACCAGCUGUUCCCAGCCAGGACGACGGGAAGAUUGUCGAAGACAUGAAGAGCAAAGCACCCGAGACGGAGGUGAAGAAGCCCUCAGCUGAGGUGAAGACGAUCCCUAACGAAGCCCCGCAGACAAACGGCAACGAGAGCAAAGCGUGAUCCAGCGAUCCAAGGGCCUCCAUGUGUCACCACUACAUCGAAACAAAUGGUUUAAUUAAAAAAAAAGGGUUCCUUUCUUCAGUCAGUGUCUUCUAUAAGUUUGCAGAACAAGAGUUUGUAGAUGUAUUGAGAGCCUAAAGAACUUGUGCACAUGCCUUUAAUUUUUUUUUCCCCUGAAUGUUAUUUCUCAUUCUAUUUUAUUUUUUUUUUCGUCUUCAGAUACAGCAGGAAGGGUUGUAUUUUUUUUCCUUUCGCACACUCUACUUCACUGCCUCGGCACAAUCUCAGCUCUCAUUUACUUGGAAGAGAAGUGUAAUAUCAGUGUGAAUAGUUAAUAACGGGGAACAUUAGCUUUACUCCUGAAUAACGGCUUUUAUUUUGUGCACACACAUGUAGUCGAUCUUUUUACCGUCUUUGAGUUAUGUACUGUUUUAUUACAUGCAGUAUUGCCCUAUUUUAUUAUUUUACACAUGGAUUUUAGGGUAAUUUUUUGUUACCAUUUUAUUGUGUUUAAAUAAUGUAUAAAUUUUUUUUCACAGUUUAUUUUUGAAAAUUAGAAUUAGAUUGUUCGCAUACUUGCUUUGCAGAUUUGUCCCAUAACUCCCCUCGGUUGUUUGUUUUCAUUACGACCCCCUGCGUUUAUAUUUUUUUAUGUUGAUAAAACACGAAGUAAAAUGCUUUCCCAUUAAAACACAAUGAAACAAGUGAAGGCACAGUUAAAGACUAAAAGGAGUAGGGUCAGAUUCAGAUAGUGUGAUCGUUUUAUAGCAGCACCAAUAAUCAUGUUUUAUUUCUUUUUUUUAAGUGUUUUGUUGUGUACAUCAACAGAAAGGGAGCAGCUUGCUGAUAUUCUCCAAAUUUCCGUCUUUGAUAGCAGUUAUCUCGAGCUUUCGAACAUGAAUCUUCUAAAAGGGUACAAGGUCACUGCUGCAAUGAUCACAGCUUGGAGAAUUGAUAAACAGUACUUCCAAAGCUUACGUUCCAUUUAAACACUUGCAAAGCAAAACAUUUAUACAAAAUGUUCUUUUUUUGGAUGCAUAAUAAACAAAUGGCCAUAUUGUUUUCUUUA